AUGAAACUCCAGCAGUGGACAAGUUGUCCAAGAAGAGACCUGCAGCUGACUUUGAAGAGGAGGGGCCGCCAAGCGCUGCGGGAAAUGAGGUUCAUUCUAUGUUGGAGAAAUUUGGAGCUGAUAUCAACAAGGUGAUGCAGGCCAAGAAGAAACGUCUGGAGUGUCUGACGAAGAACUACAUGAAGGGAAGCCAACACAAGCUGGAGCAGCUGUGGAACAGCUAUCACUCCCAGAGACAGAAGAUGACUCAGCAGUACUCGCAGCAGGUGUCCUCAGCGCUGCAGCAGUGGGAGACUGAAGCCCAGCGAACUGAGGAGCAGGAGGAGAAGCUCAACAGUCUGUUCAGACAGCAGCAGAAGAUCCUGCAGCAGGCCAGAGUGGUGCAGAACCAGAAGCUGAAGACUGUCCGAGAGCUCUACGAGCAGUUUGUGAAGAACAUGGAGGACAUGGAGAAGAGCCACGAUGCUUUCCUGCAGGGGGCGCAACAAGAGCUGAGGAAGGAGAUGGCCACGCUGCAGAAGAAGAUCCUCAUGGACACGCAACAGCAGGAGAUGGCCACGGUCCGGAAAUCACUGCAGUCCAUGUUGUUCUAACCUGCUGCUGUCAACACGGCGACAGGGCCAGUUUCACACCGUUGUCGUUGCCGUGGUUAUUGUUGCCGUAAUCCUGCAACGUUGUCACGGUUGCACAAGCCGUAUUUACACAGUUACGUUUCCAUAGCGACGAUGUUUUCUGUCAUGUGACAGAUUUUUGCUCCUUUUUUCCUCGUUUAAUAAACAUAUGAAGUAUAAGUAUAUAAGUAAUCGUCCGCCUCUAACAGCUGACGUUUGUUUGACUUUGUGCGUUUCCUGUAUGUUAAAUUAGAAAACAAAGAUUUUUAUCUGUUGCAAAUGUUUGUAUGAAUUAAUACGGCAACGAGCAGAUGAUCAAUUAUUCACUCUGCAAAACAUAAGUUGUGAAAUCAUCUUGACCGUCUGUGAGAGUAAAAAUAAACAAUUCUUUAUGUACAAAGUCAAAGUGUUAAGAAUUCAGUUUAAUUAUAAUAAAUAUUAAAAGGUGAAUUCACAAAGAAUGGAUUUUGUCACAAGAGAUGUGCCUGAUAUUACAGCUGACACCUUUUGUUUUGUGCAUUUAAUGA